AUGGAUAUGACUGCUAUUAUUGUGUUAAUUUUCUUCACAAUUCUCUUCUUAAGACUUGCAUUUGAUUGGUGGAAGCACCGAAACCGCCACCAAGCAUUCUUCAGAGAAAGAGAAAGAGAAAGAGAAAUGGUUAUAGUCUUAGAAUUCUUAGGAGUAUCAAAUGAAGGUGAAGCAGCAGGAUUUUCUCCGACUGAAAUAGAACAACUCCAGAGCUUUCAAUUUACUGCAAAAGACUUGAACGCUAAAACUAAAGCAACCAAAUUAAGCUGCCCAAUCUGUCUCGAAGAUUUUAGUGAUGGCCAACGUUUUAAAAUACUACCAAUCUGUCAUCACUAUUUCCAUUCGUUGUGCAUUGAUAAAUGGUUGGCUCUUAAUAAAAACUGUCCUUGUUGCAGACUUUCUGUUACUAUUAGAGCCUUGGAUGGCAAUCCAUGGGAGCUGCUAAUGAGAUCAUCGGAAGAAAAAUGUGAGCCACAAAUAGAACAUGUAGAGGCACAACAUGAAACAGAAGAAACUAUAACUUCGUUCUCACCAUCAGCUGUCAAACAUGGUGGGCAUGACAGUAGUCGCCAUGAAACUAGUAUAGCUAUACAAAAGGAUGAGGAUUAUUAG